CGCUUGUAGAACCUAUUGCGCUUUAGAGAUAAGACCUCUCUAUAAAAUAAAAUGUGAGCAGCCUUAUUGUGUUUAGUUUAUAUUCAGAACCAGUAUGAACACCUUGCACACGACGCGCUGUCUAGCUAUUUCCAUAGGCCCGGCCCGAUCAUUAAGAUCAGCCUCAGCCUUGGCACAAACUGAGGCCAAAGUCAAUGUAACUGAGAGUGAAAAGCCGUUUAGCGAAAUUCCUCGCCCGGGAAAGUUGAAGUUCAUGCGGGCCUUCAUGCCAGGCGGCGAGUUCUAUAAUGCCUCGGUUACCGAAUAUGCAUCGAUGAUGCGAAAGCGGUAUGGAGAUGUCUAUAUUAUGCCAGGAAUGUUUGGCCGCAAGGACUGGGUCACCACUUUCAAUACCAAGGAUAUAGAAAUGGUAUUCCGCAAUGAGGGAAUAUGGCCACGACGCGAUGGUCUUGAAUCGAUUGUAUAUUUCCGCAGACAUGUCAGACCCGAUGUUUAUGGAGAAGUGCAGGGCUUAGUGGCAUCUCAAGGAGAAGAUUGGGGAAAACUACGUUCGGCGGUUAAUCCUAUUUUUAUGCAACCUCGAGGUCUAAGAAUGUAUUACGAGCCUUUGUCAAAUAUCAACAAUGAGUUUAUUGAACGCAUCAAAGAAAUAAGAGAUUCCAAGACAUUGGAAGUACCUGAGGACUUUUAUGGCGAAAUCAGCCGACUAGCUUUUGAAUCCUUGGCCUUGGUGGGCUUCGAUCGACAAAUGGGCUUGAUUCGGAAGAAUCGUGAAAAUCCCGACGCCCUCACCCUCUUCAAAACGACAAGGGAAAUCUUUCAGUUGGCCUUCAGCUUGGACUUCCAGCCAUCGAUGUGGAAGGUUGUUUCUACUCCUGCUUACAGAAGAAUGAAGAAAGCCCUGAACGACAGUCUGGAUGUGGCCCAUAAUCUACUGAAGGAGACACAGGAUAAUAUCGAGAAGCGACGCCUGGAUGGCGAAAAGAUCAAUAAUAACAGCAUGCUAGAGCGUCUGAUGGUGAUCGACCCAAAAAUUGCAGUGAUCAUGGGACUGGACAUUCUCUUUGCUGGCGUGGAUGCCACUUCCACCUUGCUCUCUGCAGUGUUUCUGGCGCUGGCCAAACACCCGGAGAAACAGGCCAAGUUGCGGGAGGAGCUGCUGCAGAUUAUGCCCACCAAGGACACACUCCUGAACGAGGAGAACAUGAAAGAUAUGCCGUAUCUCCGAGCAGUUAUCAAGGAAACUCUUCGCUAUUUCCCGAACGGGCUGGGUACCCUUAGAACCUGCCAAUCUGACGUCGUGUUGUCCGGCUAUAAAGUCCCCGCAGGCACUACCGUUUUGAUGGGAGCCAAUGUCCUGAUGAAGGAUGGAGCUUACUAUACGCGCCCUGAUGAGUUCCUUCCAGAACGCUGGCUCCGCGAUCCCGAAACUGGCAAGAAGAUGCAGGUGAGUCCCUUCACCUUCCUGCCUUUCGGAUUCGGACCUAGAAUGUGCAUCGGCAAGAGGUUGGUGGACCUGGAAGUGGAGACGACUGUGGCCAAAAUUGUCCGCAAUUUUCACUUGGAAUUCAACCGGGAUGCCAGUCGUCCUUUCAAGACCCUCUUUGUGAUGGAGCCCGCCAUUCCUUUUCCCUUCAAGUUCACCGAUGUCGAGCAAUAGAACUAUUUAAACAUUGUUGCGAAAUUAAAUUCCUUAAUUUAAGAGAACACUGUACAUAUUGUGUAUAAUAAACCGACUGUUGUGCUGAUAGCUUUGCAAUUGAUAAGAUAAUUGUACUUAACCUA